GCAUUCUUUGAUCCGGCGCCGAUGCGGCGACACGAGAACGGCUAGGUGCGCUGUUGUGUGCCCAGCAGCAGCUUCCUCUCGCACUUUCCCUCUGUUUUGCCUCUUUCUCUCUCUCUCUCUCUCUCUCUCUCUCUCUCUCUCUCUCUCACCAACAUCUCCCGUGCAGUGCGCGUCGUUUCGUUCGCGAGGACAUGCAGUUGAGUCAGGGGCAGCGACUUUGGGCCCGCGCGUCGUCUGCUGAGCAAUAGGACCCCAAAACGCGCGCGCGUCGUCUGCUAGGGGAGGGCCGCUCUCCAGCAGCAGCAGUGGGAGCAGCAGUCUGGAUUGUUAUUCUCCGGUGCAUACGACGCAGUGACAGAGAAGAAAUAUUCACGUCGGCGAAUCCUCGGGAGUGAACAGUGUGUUGUUGAGGAGUGUGAACAGCAGCAGCAGCGAAGAUGCGGUACAGGAACAAGGAGAUAGAGACGACGGUCGUGGGUGACGAGAUAAUGGAGGAGAGCGGCAAGCUGCACAACGGGCGGAAGGACGAGGACGAGAUCCUCUCCGAGGAGCAGCCCGUCAGCACCGACAUACUCAACCCAUUCGUGCAUCGGCUCGAACUCGACACGACCUACGACAAGCUAAAGACGGCCUUUCUGACGAUAGCACUGCUGCCGAUCCGGCUGAUGGCUAUCACGGCCCUUGUGAUAAUGGCCUGGCUACUGGCUUGCGUCGGACUGCAUGGACUCUCCGAAGAGGACCUCAGACGUGCGCCCCUCAAGGGCUGGCGACGAGAGUUACGCAUGGUGGUCUGCUGGGUGAUGCGGGUGUUCUUCAUCUGUGGCGGCUUCCACUAUCUCAAGGUGAAGGGCCAACAGGCCGACACCAAGGAGGCGCCGAUACUCGCGCUCGCGCCACACUCCAGCUUCUUCGACGCUCUGCCGGUUGUCUACCUCGGUGGGCCUAGCAUUGUCGCCAAAGCUGAGACCGGCCGGAUUCCAUUCUUUGGGAAACUGAUUAACUACACACAACCUGUCUACGUAUGGAGGGAGGACCCCAAUUCACGACAGAACACCGUCAAGGAAAUCAUCGAACGCGCUACAUCCAAGGAAGACUGGCCACAGGUGAUGAUAUUUCCAGAAGGUACCUGCACGAAUCGCUCCUGUCUGAUAACCUUCAAGUCCGGCGCCUUCUACCCGGGUGUCCCAGUGCAACCGGUCUGCAUCAGAUACCCCAACAAGCUCGACACAGUCACCUGGACCUGGGAGGGACCUGGAGCGUUGAAGCUUUUGUGGCUGACCCUCACACAGCUGAACAGCAGUUGCGAGAUCGAGUUUCUCCCGGUCUACAAGCCGAGCGAGGCAGAAAAACUGGAUCCCAAGCUCUACGCUAACAACGUUCGCCGUCUCAUGGCUGAGGCUCUGCAAAUUCCAGUGUCGGAUUACACGUACGACGACUGUCGAAUAAUCAGCAAGGCGCACCAGCUGCACAUACCAAACGCUUCGACCAUCGUCGAGGCUCACAAGCUGCGCUUCAAGCUCGGUUUGCUAAAGGAGAACACAGAGGAGGAACUGGUGCACAAGAAGUUCGAGAGGUUCCCGGAGAUGGUCGAUUUCCACGAAUUCGCACGACUGCUCAGACUCGACGAGAACAAUCAGGCAGCUCAGCAUCUAUUUAAGAUUCAGGAUAAGCAUAAUCGAGGAACGAUCGACUUCGAGGAGUACAUUUUCACCGUCAUGGCGAUAGCCAAUGCCAAUACCGAACUCGACAUGGUCAAAGUAGCCUUUGAGGUAUGUAGUUCAAACGCGAAUUACAACCUGAGCGCUAUGGAGUUGCGGAAAGCGCUGCACCUGUCGCUGACCAUUGGUCCCGACGAGUCAGACAGGAUUUUCCAUCAGAUCCAGAGGGAGCACAAUUGCAACACUGCGAAUCACGAUCAAGUACUGUCGGUGCUGAGUACGCGGCCAGAGUUCCAGCACCUGUUCAGCGAGUGUUCCGAGGCGAAGCGGAAAAAGAGCAUUUGAGAACGCCUGUUUUCAAAAUCACGAAGUCCUCCAGUCAGCUCCAAGCGGCAUCAUCGUCAUCGCGACUCGCACAGCAAGCCUCUCGUGCACGAGUCCCUCUCCGGCGGCUUUACCCAAAUUGUCUAGCCACCAUACUUUAUCUGUAUUUCUCUCUCUCUCUCUCUCUCUCUCUCUCUCUCUCUCUCUUUCUCAAGCUCUUUCGGUUUUUACUACUCUAUAACGAUGCAGAGAGACGACGGCUAGAGGGAAUAAGGACACUCGGGUGUACUGGGAUUUUUUAGAGGCCUAACGUUUCGUUGACUUUGUGAAAAGAAAGCCAUUGAAAAAAAUUGUUCGAAAAAAAAACGAUGCCAAACAGACUCGAUGCCAAAGUCCCAGUUCACCCGUUCGCCGCGAUCAGGUGAAGCGUUUACUAUAUAGACGAAGCGAUGCGCGCGCGCGCGGUCGACUAUAUGAUUAUCUUGCGAAUCAUAUAUGCAUAUACUUAGACAAAUCAUACCCACAGACACAUAAACCGAUUGACAGAAAUUCGAGCUGAGAGGCGCGAAGGAAAAAUAGCUGUUCGAAAUGAGCCGUUGGCUCCGAUUCGCUCGAACGAGAUGCGAACGAGAGAAAGUCAUUUGGAUGAGCGACGCUCAACUCUUAUAGUAUACGGGCGCUUUACAUACGAAGAUAUACAUUAUUAUAUUACCAUUUUUUUGGCCUCCAGAACGAACUUUGCGGACAAUAUGUGGACUUGCGAUAAUGAUGUACUUUUUGUGGCAUUAACUAACAAUGAUUUUAAAAAAGCAAGCAGUUUUUAUCGUACAAUCAUUUGAUUUCAAUUUGUUUAACGCAUACACGUUUGUUUUAAAAAUAAAUGUUUUUACAAGUUUUCGAAGAAUUCGAUUGAAACUAUAAACAGCAUUUAUUACGGACAAAAUUCUGAGAAUUAAUUGGAUCUUCGAAACUUCCCAUCUCGCAUGGCUAAAGCUUCGGCGCAACGUUCGUUCGGAGGCACAGACUCUAAUAACGAAGAUUUUUCCCAAAACGAAGCCUGAAUUCACAGUCAUGUAAAUAGUAGCACUCUAUCGACGUAUAUCAGUAAUCAUAACGUCAUAAUUAUUAGCCGAUUCUAGUAGAGACGCGACACGCGGUUGAGAGUAAACAAAAAACAUAACAGUAGCGAUGAUGUUUCGAUUUCGAAAAGAAAGCACCGAUGCACUUGUUAUAAGAAUAAUUGUGUAAAUAGUCGACGAUUCCUCUUAUCUUUCAUUGUUUAUUAUAAUUAUUAUUAAUUAACUAAUUGUAUUGUAUUUAUAUAAUUGUCUAUAUUAUUGGUAUUUACACUUUGUGACUCACGUCGCAACCUGCAGAACUUGUAUUAUUUUAAUGGUAGUAUUUAUUGUGUAAGUUUAUUGUUUUUAACUUGUAACUAAUACCUGUACAGGCAAUCGUUGUUGAGUUUCUUAUUCUUUCAUCCAUAUUAUAUAUAACAUGUACGUUUUAAUUCAAGUUCGACGCUAUGUAACUGUCCAGAAUUACGUUAGAUAUAUAUUAUAUAGGAUAAUACGUAUACUUAUAUACAAUAAUCGACAUGUUUUCCUUUCGAAAUCGAAAAGCGCGAAUCGCUUAUAUAAGAUGUAAACAUUAAUAGGUCAAUAGAAAAAUAUUUUUAUAGGUUUUCAUUCCCGUUUAAUAGUAAUCGCGCUCAGGGUUUCGAAGGUUUCAGAGUUACUAGGAGUUUUGCCGGCAAUCGUCCAUUUUCAACAAGCGUUCGUUUCAUUUUUUCCUAAACGAAAAUCAUCAAAAAAUUCAUAAAACUCUACCGUAAUAAAUAACGUUUUUUCUGUGACGUAUAUUCAAAGCGUUAAAAGAUUCAGUGUACGAAUUUUCAACAUCAAACCUUAUUUUUAGUGAAAAUUUCAUCCAAAACUGCGCGACCAAUUUCUCACAGCAGGCAGCAAGUAAAUCAUUACGAAAAACAGAUGCAAAAUUUUUUGAUAGAAAGCCACGACAAAUCCCUAGAAAACUACACACGAUGCAUUACACGUAUAUAUGCGAAAGACAAGUACCGUUAACUAUACGUAAAUACACGCGCGUUUCUAGUUGUUGAGGAAUGAGUGCAACCAUAUACGGUUCGUCGCUCGAGAACGGACACAUCUUGCAGUAUUUAAUAAUUCAAUCCAAGAUUUUAAUGAGAGACGAGUGCGUAAAGGGUAAUAAUUAUACCCACAUCUAUUAUCUAGUUGAAUCAAGAAAAACGAUAGUAAAAACAUAAGAAUACAUGAUCAAUCACAAGCGAUUAAUCGCAUACCUUGUAUUGUAUUCGAAAAAAGGUACUUAAUUGAUCAAUUGACCUAAAAAAAUUAAUGCACGUGCUACUAAUUAUUUUGAAGGAAAAGUUAUGUCACUUGAAAAUAGUAGCGAGCGCGAGGAAAUAAAUCGCGAGCUUAAAUAAUAUUACAAAGGAACAUUUUUUAAUAUGAAUUAUUUAUGAUAUUCUACGUAAUCGAUGCGCAGCUGUAGCUCACGCUCGUGAAAUCUUACAAGUUCAAUUUGUGCAUAUGAGUUAGCCCUUCGAUUAUUGCAUGAUUUUAUAAAAUAAUUUGCCUGUGUACUUUUCGUCUUUGUUUAUUUUUAAUUUUUAAAAACGAAGUUUUAGUUUUCGAAGCUAGUAAGCUUCACGACAGCUAUUAUGGGAAGAACAUUUGUUUGUUAAGUGACGAAGAGAUAUAAUGUAUUUAUUAUUCAUUUAUUUAUUCAGACGUAUUACGCGUUCACGUGCGUAAUAAUUGUAUAUAACAAAAAUUAAAUAUUCUUACAAAGAACUGCAGAUGAGUAGCUUUCAUUUUUCCUUAAAACGUACAGAAAAUGAUCAAGGUAAGUUUGAAAUAAUAGUUCCUCUACAGUUAACAAAUACUUUUAUUGCUAACUCAAUUUUAUUUUAUACACCAUAUUUCUUAUCGCGGCAUUCGAUAUAAUAUUCAUUCGAAUAUCGAACGGCAAAAGUAAAUUUAAUAUAGGUUUUCAAGUACUCUGUAUAAAUACAAUAAAAUUUUAUAAAAAAAAAAAUAGUUACAAAAACAAUUAUAAGCAGCAUACAUCAAAGAUUUGGAGUACAAUGUUUUCAAUUUUACAUAAAGACAAAUAAUCGCAACUUCUUCGGAAAAUAUUGUACACAAUAAAAUCACAAUUAGAAAAACAUUAAAA